UUCGGACAUGAUCAUGUCGGGUUUUAAAUUGAAUAGGCUAGUUUUUCGAGCAGAAUUGGGUCGUGUAGAUAGGUCGGGUUGAUAUUUGCAACCUGAAUCAAAGUAGCUAAUUUAUCUUUCCUUUCUUCUUGGAUUUUGUUCUGUAACUUGCGGACACCGGGCGCAUCCUAAUUUCUUCCGCUCUUUCUUCUUCCUCCCUCUUCAUCGAAAUCACAAUUGUAAAAUAUAACUGGAAUUGCCAGCUCGAGAACAUCACUUCACUACUAAGGAUCUAGUGUGCGAGGCUGGGAAAACUCUGAAAUAUUCUUACGAAUUGUGAUGUUUUGCUGCGGGGAAGAGGAAGGAAGCUGUGACCUUAUAACCCUAAAUUAAGAAGCUUUCUCUUUGCAGACCUUUUUGGUAAAUGCUUUUAAUUGGAAAUGUUGUGGGAUUCUUUUGUAAUCGCGCAUUGUUACCUUAUGAUCUGCGUGAAUUUUGAAUAUAUUUGCUUUUAAUUGACGAAAUGGUGAUGAUGUGAUGUGAAAUAAUGUUAUUGUUGUUGCUAUGGAAUGUGAAAUAAUGAGUUCGGGAAAUCAAAUGGCUAUUCUGUUCAAGGUGAUAAAGUUUAAAAUUGACGAAAUGCUUAUGAUACUAAUUACUUUGCCAGGCCGAGGUACUAAGGAAGAUUCUUAAGUUUUUCUUCUUCUUCUUCUUCUUCUUCUCUUCUUCUUUUUGCAUAGCCGAGAUAAUAUUGCUAAUGAAGCAUUUGCGUUUUUUUUUUUAAUCUAUUCUUCAUUCAUGAGCUGGCUAAUUAUAAUUACUAAUUAUUUGUUUGUUCUCAAUUUAUAUAUUAUAUGCACAAAUAUACAGUGGAGUUAGUAGAAACUUGGGAAUAUAUAUGACAUUGAAAUUUGAACUUAGUGGCAGUUUAUGUUCAUCUUGAUCUUUGGUAAUAUAUAUUUUCAUGAUUUUUGGUGAUAUGGGUUUUGGAUAGUAAAUAAUUGGCUGGAAGUUAUAUGGAAUUCUGAUUUCAAUAGGAAAAGUAGUGAACUAGAAAACGUGAUAUCAUUAUGGACUAUGGAAAGAAGGGUCAGCUACUUGUGUACUUAGCAUAAAUUCUUGUAUAUUAUAUGCACAAAUUCUUAAGAUUAUUGCAUUUAGCAUACAGUGGAGUAUUUAUAACACAGUGGAGUCGCAAGGAAUCAUUUCAGGAGAUUAUUCUGCUACUUGUGUACUUUGUACUUGAAUUUAAAAAAUUUGAAUGUUUGGGAUAUUGAUCUUAAAUCUUUUGUGGACGUGUCAAAAUCCUUGACUUCCAAGUUUCAACUUCUAAGGCUCAUCUAGCUCUCAAAUUGUAAACUGACAGCAACAAUGGCAACUGAGUCACUGAGUUCUGCUCGAAAAGUGAUUGUUCAGUUAAAAGCCACUGCCGAUGCGCCUAUUCUCAAGCAAAACAAGUUCAAGAUACUUGGAACUGAUAAGUUUGCUAAGGUGAUUGAUUUUUUGUCCCGGCAACUUCAAAGGGAGAGCAUGUUUGUAUACAUCAACAGUGCAUUCUCACCAAAUCCAGAUGAAUUGGUGAUUGAUCUGUUUAAUAAUUUUGGCGUUGAUGGUAAACUGCUGGUCAACUAUGCUUGUUCAGUGGCGUGGGGCUAACUUUCGGCAAUGCCCGAGCUGAUUUACGCUGUUAAUACUUGAGAACUUUUGUUACAUAUUAUGAAUAUUUGUGGUGUUUUCUUGGACCCAACGAGUAAUAAGGAAACUUCAUUGAUGCAAACCCUGCAAUAUCGUUUGCUCCGUGUACUUACUUCUACAAUACCGUUCUGUAGAUCUCAUGCAAGCAAGCGCCGUACAUAACUAGUUGAUAUACUAGAAGUGUGAUUGAAGAGAUGGAGAUUUCAAUCAUAGAAUUCACGUGCAUUUGUAAGAUUUCUUUUUUCUUCUUGUUUAUGGUUAAUUUCCCACUUCAUCCAUUUAUACCCCUGCUUCAGUGAUGAGUCUAAUUAUACAAGACCUGUACUGGUUUAAGAUGCUUCUAUCGAAGGCUGGAGAUUUGUUUUUUA